GUGUACUUGAACGGGCACCUGUGCAUCAACAGGGACCUGCAGAUCUUUAACUAUGGUCACGAGGUGGAGUAUCCUUGGCGAUGGUAUGACCCGAUGCUUGACGGCUUCGUUUACAGGCGACAGCAGCCACCAGAGGAGGAGGAGAAGAAGACCGGCAAGGUGGUUUGGGAGAGGAAUGGUGGAGGCAAGCUGAAAGCAGAGGAUACCCCGGGCACGGAGGCGUUUGUAAAGAAGCGGGAGCAGUUCUACGCUGUGGGAGUCGUCGAGAGUGUGAAUCUUCACACUUGCACCGUGAGCAUCGUGAUUGUAGAGAACGAUGCGACGAUGGGCUCGGCUACAGCACCCUUAACUGACAAGCGGGGUGAGUGGGCUUUCAACAGCGAGCAGCAUUCUUCGGGACUCAAAGCGACGCUGUACAAGAACGUUCCCAUGGAGAAGGCGUGCAUCCACGGCUACGAGGGCUUCGUGGCGCCCUACGACCACCCGCCGCCUGCGGUGUACAAGCCGGUUCCCGGCCACUACACCGCCGACGAGUUCCUGGUCUAA